AUGACCUCCUUCUAUCAACUGCUGUCUCAAGUGCCCGUCCUGUCCUCGUUUCUACUUCCCGCUCCUCUCAUAACAACCGACAGCGUCAGUCAAGACACCCUUUCAUCUUCAACUUUCAACCCCUCAGUCUGCCCCAACCCCCCGUCCCUAUCAUGUCCGUCGCCCCCGGCGCAAGAUAUAAACACAUGCUGUGUGAACCACCCGUCAGGACACUUCCUGCAGACCCAGUUCUGGGAUACGGAGCCACCCAUCGGGCCCAACAACUCUUGGACCAUUCACGGCCUCUGGCCAGAUCUCUGCACGGGAGGGUUUGACGCGUUCUGCGAUUCUUCGCGCUCGCAUUCCGACAUUCGGACCGUCCUCCGCCACGCCCUAGAGGGCCAAGAUGGUGCAGGUGAGGCGCACGGUGGAAAUCAUCCAGCCAUGGUCGACGAACUGCUCUCGUUUAUGGAGACGUACUGGCUCUCCCUCAACGGCGACCACGAACACCUGUGGGCGCACGAGUGGAACAAGCACGGCACGUGCAUUUCGACCCUCGAGCCGGACUGCUACGGGGCUCCUCCGCCGACACCAAACCGGCGGCACCGCCACCUCGACGUCCUGGAUUACUUCAUCCACACGACCUCCCUCUUCAAGACGCUCGACACGUACUCCAUACUUGCGGAGGCCGGCAUCCUUCCCUCGUCCCAGAAGCGAUGCACGCUCCAGGAGCUGGAGGAGGCUGUCCAGUCCUCUCCACACGGCCAGCCGGUGACGUUCCGCUGCAACCGCCGCGGCGAGCUGGACGAAGUAUGGUACCAUUUCGCGGUGAUGGGCUCGCUGAGACAUACAUCUUACGACCUCGAGGACGGCGAAGCCAGAUCCGAGGCCGAAGCCAUCAUGAUGUCUCCCCGAGAAGACCAUGGGCGCGACAUAUCCUCCUCCUCCUCCUCUCUUUCUAACCUCUCUCACUCGCCGUUCCUCAACACCACCACCGUGCGGAAACACUUCGUGCCCGUCCCGCCCGACGGAGCUCUCUCAAACUGCCCGAGACGCGGGAUCAAAUACCUCCCCAAGACGCCUGGCAAAGGCCACCUUGAAAUCCACGUGCUUGACUCUGCGCCCACGUCCGAGACCGAGGCCGAGUCUAAGCCCGAGACCACCACCACACGAAAGGGCUGCCUCAUCCGCCAGGGCCAGUGGUACGUCUCGGGCACGUGCGCGACCUUCCGCGCCCAGCACGACGUCGUUGACCCGGGCCACCAGGCCUUGUUCUCCCUCUCGUCGUCGUACUCGCCGUGUCUGGUGAACCCGGUCACCGGCAGAUUCGAGUGUGCAAACUCUGCAAAGGUCCAGGGCAUCUUUUCUUACGCCGACAACGGGCAUGGCGCCAACGUGCUCGCAUAUCACAACCACAGCAUCUUCUACGCACACACCACUCCGAAGAGGUUCGAAAAAGUGGAUCUGUUUGCUGAUGAUGGAAAUGGCGCGAGGAAAGUCCAGGUGGAGAUCCAUUGGGUACCAGCAUAG